AUUCACUUGUUACCCAGAUCAAUCAGUCGAUGGAAAUCCCCUUUCAAACGCCAGCCAAUUCGUGAUAUCUCCCCGUUGUGACCCUACUACUCGGCAAUCUCUCUCACAAGAGACAACUCCUCCGUCCCCUAUCACACUCACUCCAGCCACUGAGGAGCCACCCAGCCUAGGUUGCCCACUGGUGCCCCCUGCUACUAGUAGCAGCAGCUGGGAGGGAAAGGGAGAGGGAGGGAGGAGGAGACCAUAUUUAUUGCAACAGUAUAGCUGCUCCUGCCGCUGCUCCACUUGCAUUGGAGGAGCUAGGAGGAAGAAGAAGAGAAAGAGGAACAGUUGCUGUUGAUAGCUCCUGCAAGCUUGCUGCCUCGGGGGCUCAUUACUCAUUGCCGCAGUUAUUGCUACCCCUGUUUACACCACCACCACCUGCCUGAGCCUGAGACCGAGCCCGGCCACUCUAUCUCUAAUGGAGAGGAUGCAGCUGCAAGGGCCCAUCAUCACCUCACUGUGGGGGGAGCAGGCGGCAGCGACGGCCGCGGCGCAGGUGCCGUUCCUGGCGCUGCUCCAGGGCGCCAUGGCGGAGGAGCAGGACGACGACAAGCGGCAGUACGCCGCCUUCGCGUGCCCCCGGACGGAGGACGCCGGCCUGCUCGAGAGCUGCGUCACUCAUGCCACGGCGCCGGCGGCGAACGGUGGCGUGCCCGGGCAGCAGCGGCGGAGGAAGCGGCCAAGGGCGCGCCCGCGGGCGGCGCCGGCGCCGGAGGCGAAGAGGAAGAAGCCCGCGGAGGAGGCGGAGUGCCAGCGGAUGACACACAUCGCCGUGGAGCGCAACCGGCGCCGCCUCAUGAACGACCACCUCGCCUCGCUCCGCUCCCUCAUCCCCUCCGACUACAUCCCACGCGGUGACCAGGCGACGGUGGUGGGGGGAGCGAUCGACUACGUGAAGCAGCUGGAGCAGCAGCUGGUGGCGCUCCAGGCGGCGUCCGCGGCGGCGCGUCGAGGCUCCGUCUCAGUCUCCGGCGCCGUCGGGGUGGUGGUCGGGACGGCGGCGACGGCGGCGGCGGACGGCGUGUUCGUGGCGCCGCAGCACACGAGCUACUCGUCGCCCUCGGAGCAGGGAGCGGCGGGGGUGGACGUGGAGGCGAUGGCGGCGGUGGGUGGCCACGUGCGGGUGCGCGUGGCGGGGCAGCGGUGGCCGGGGCGGCUGGUGCGCGCCGUCGCCGCCAUGGAGGACCUCCGCCUCGCCGUGCUCCACCUCGCCGUCACCUCCGUCGGGCAAGACGCCGUCGUCUACUGCUUCAACCUCAAGAUUGAGGAAGGGUGCGAGGUGGCGACGGCGGACGAGGUGGCGGCGGUGGUGCACCAGAUCUUCGCCUACGCCGCCGGCGUCGGCGUGUGCUAGCUGCUGACGAUCGAGACUUGGUAGUGACCGGCCGGCGCAUGCAUGCAGGAGUAUGGUCGAAGUCCAACAGAUGAUGAGCGGCACGUAUGCAUGGUAACGUACGUGCGACGACAAGUCAAAACUGGCAGAGGGUGACCAUGCAUGCAUGCAAGAGGCCACGGAGGACGGCGACGCGGCCAGAGCCCGGGCCCAUGAGCUGCGGACGAGACAGACCUCCUCCACUGCUAGCUUUUAGUCUCUGUAAACAUGACGGCAGCUGUCAUCUCUGACAGAGGCCGGCCGGGGAAGAAGGGCAACAGUGCAGCCAUCUUCUCUCUCGUCUUGUUCAGUUGUUCCCUUUUUACUUUCUCAGUUCCUCUCCUCUUUUCUCGAGCCCUUGCAGUGUGUACGUUCAGUUUUACGUAACGUACGUACUUAGACACGUAACAUAAAUAUCGCAAGUUCUCUCC